GCGCCCAGUGCAGUCCCGUACGUCUCGGUACAACCCAGCAGAGCCCAGUACAGGCCAGUAGAGUCCACUACAACCCAGUGUGAGAGAGUCUAACCCAGUACUGCCCAGUAUUUCCCCCGAAGGAACCGAAACCAGGAUCUCCCCAGGGUGUGUCAGGAUGUGCACCCCACUGCUGGUGAUGCUGGUGACGCUACUGAUGGUGCCUGCAGGGGUCUCUCCCUACGGCUUCCGCAACUGCAUCCAGGCACCAUGGGACCCUGGACGGUUCCGCUGCAUCCAGCGCUUCCUGAGCACCGUGGGGGCUGCGGUGGAGGACCUCCCCCCCACUGCCACAUCCCUCAACCUCUCUGUCAACAUCUUGCGCCAGGUGCCCCCCGGUGCCUUUGCUCAUCUGCCACGGCUCUACACUCUUGAUCUGACCCACAACCAGCUGGAACUUCUGGCCCCGGGGGCUUUCUGGGGGCUGUCAGCACUGGCCCACCUAGACCUGGCCCACAACAACAUGUCGGUGCUGGCCACAGAUGUGUUCACUGGGCUGGGCAACCUGAGCACACUGCGGCUGGACCACAACCCGCUACAGGAGGUGGCCCCCAGGGCUUUCUGGCCGCUGGCUGCACUCAGCACACUCUGGCUGCGGGGUGGCCGGCUCAGUUCACUGGAGCCCGUGGCCAUGGCCUUGCAGAAUCUGACACACCUGGACCUGCUCGACCUGUGUGGCAACAUGCUGUCGACACUGGGGCCAGGGCUGCCGCCCACGCUGAGGGUCCUGCGCCUCUGCAACAACUCCCUGGGAGCUCUUUCAGGGGCCACCCCUGGGGUGAUGCCGCCGGGGCUGCGUGUGCUUGACCUGUCCUACAACAACAUCUCGGACCCUGUGCUGCUUGCUCGCCUAUGUCUGCAAAACUUGACACACCUGCACCUGGCUGGGAACUCGCUGGACGUGGUGCAGCUGCUGCACACAGUUGGAAUCUCCCCACGCCAUGUGGACGUGUCAGGUCUACACAUGGACACAGAGGACUUGGAAUACCUGUGCCAGCAGCUGACCAUGGGCCAUGCAGCAGCAACAGGACCACGGCUGCAGAGGCUGCGACUGCAGCACUUGCAGAUUGAAGCAAUGCCCAAUGGGUCUCUGGCCAAGUGUCCGGUGCUGGGUGCCCUGGACGUGUCUGGCAAUCGGCUGCGGCAUUUGGGCUGCGUAGGGCAGCUGCUGAGCCCGGAGCAGCAGGCAGCACUGGGUGAGCUGGUGGCUGAGCAUAACUUGCUGCAGCGUCUGCCGUCAUGCAACGGGACCCCGGUUCUGCACCAGCUGCACAAUAUGUCCCUGCGCUUCAACCGCAUCCUAGUGGCUGGUGCGGGUGCCUUUGACAACGUGCCAGCGCUGCGGCAGCUGCGGCUGGAUGUGAACGGGCUGGCACGGUUGCACCGCGCAGCACUGCGUGGACUCCGUGACCUGCGACACCUGCGCCUUGACAACAACCUGCUCACCGACCUCCUGCCUGGCUCCUUUGCCGACCUGCGCCAGCUGGAAGAUCUCAACCUGCGCAAUAACCGUGUGGCCGUGCUCUUCCCUGGUGCCUUCAAGGGGCUUGACCGCCUGCAGACCCUUGACCUGGGUGGGAACAACCUGCGGCACUUAGCCGCCAAGGCAUUCCAGGGCCUCCCACGGCUUUCCCGGCUUUACCUGGACCGCAACAGGCUGCUGGAGGUGAGGGCGGCCACAUUCCAGCCAGUGCAGGUGACACUGGGUGUACUUGACCUGCGUGCCAACAUGCUGCGCUACCUGAGCCGACACCUGCGGCAGCUGCCGCCUUUCCGCUACCUGCACAACCUCUACGACCUGAAGCUGCAGGCGCAGCAACCAUACGGGAUGCGUGUAGUCCCGCAACGCUUCUUUCAGGGCCUCAGUGCCUUGCAGUCGCUCUACCUGUCACAGAACUCAUUCUCGGCCAUCCCUGCCGAUGCCUUCGAUGACCUGGCGCAGCUGCAGUUCCUGACGCUGGCUGAUAGUAAUGGCGGGAUGGGCUACCUGCCUGCUGGCAUCUUCAAGAACCUGAGCCAACUGCACAGCCUGAACCUGGAGAAUGCAGGACUGCGCAGCUUUGGGCCUGAGGUCUUCGGCAACCUGACGCAACUGAAGGAGCUGCACCUGGCCAAGAAUGAACUGCGUGCACUGGAUGUGACUCUGGCCACACACCUCCCCGCCCUGCACUACCUGGACCUGCGUAAGUGCCCACUGAGUUGCAGCUGUGCCAAUGCCUGGCUGCCCGCCUGGCUGGCGCAUGGGCCUGUGCAGGUGGUCUACCUGUAUAACUACACCUGUGGUGAGAUGGGUGGGGCCUCCACAUACCUGCACUGCUUUGACACACGUGUGUGCUACUUGGACAUGGGGCGGUACCUGUUUGCAGGGACGGCACCAGCUGUGCUGCUGCUGCUGGUGCUGCCGUUGCUGCACCACCGUGGUUACUGGCGGUUGCGCUACCAGCUGUUCCUGCUGCGUGCGUGGGCGCGUGGGCGCUGGCGGCGGGAGCAGCGGCGCUACACCUACGACACCUUUGUGUCCUACAACUCCGGGGAUGAGCAGUGGGUGCUGGAGGAGCUGGUGCCUGAGCUGGAGCGUGGAGCCCUGCGGCUCUGCCUACACCACCGUGACUUUCGCCCUGGCCGCGCCAUAGUGGACAACAUUGUGGAUGCCGUGUACAACAGCCGGCACACAGUGUGUGUGGUCAGCCGCGGGUACCUGCGCAGCGAGUGGUGCUCACUGGAGAUCCAGAUGGCUAGCUAUCGCCUCUUCGAUGAGCUGCGUGAUGUUCUUGUCCUCAUCUUUCUCGAGGACAUCCCUGAGGCUGAGCUCUCGGCUUUCCACCGCAUGCGCCGUGUGCUGCUGCGGCGCACACACCUGCGCUGGCCCCCUGAGCCCCCUGCACGGCCCCUCUUCUGGGCAAAGCUCAGGUGUGCCCUGAGCCGGGGGGAGGAGGACGAGGAGGAGAGGGAGAGGAGGAGCAGGGAGGAAGGGUGCCCUGAUGUAACCAGGACUCCUGGGGACGUUCUCCCUCAGGAAAGCAACUUUCUGCCCCCAAAUCACCGUUUUUUACCUGGGGAAGGUGCCCUGUGGAGUGGGAAUGAUGGCAGCAAGGAGGUGGAGGAGGAGAAGGAGAGGAAGGCAGGGGGCAGGCAGGGAGACUGCCCUGACAGGACUGGGACCCCUAUGGAGGUUCCCUCUCAGAAAAGCAGUUUUCUGUCCCAAAAUCACCAGCUUUUCUCUUGGCAAUGUGCUCUGCACAGUGGGGAGGAAGGUAACAAGAAGGAGGAGGAGGAGGAGGAGGAAGAAGAGGUGAAGACAGGGGAGGGGGAGAAAGGUUGUGGGGUAGAGAGCAGCUGCUCUAGAGGAACCUCACCCUGGUGCAAUGGGGAUCCCAAUUGGGAUUGACAUUCCCAAUCAAAAAAAUGUGAUUUUGUCCCAAAAUCCCUGAUUAUGCUCUGAGAAAUGUGCAUUUGGGACGAUGAUAAUGAGGAAAAUGGGAAAGAGGAGGAGGAAAAGAGGAGGGCAAGAUGGACCUCAAUGUUCAGCUGCAGCAAAUUCUUCAUCACUCAGUUCCCUUUCCCAGCACGUAGGAGCUGCAGCUCUUGCACAUCUGGCCCUUCCUGGGCACAGGCUGCCACAGCUCAAUUGGCCGCUUCUCCCCAUAGUGGCAACCCCAGGGCUGGGGAAUGCUGGCAGCAUACAGGAGCACCCACCAAUCCAUACCACCAUGCACCCUCCUGCCCCCCAACUCAGAAGCUCCUAAGCCCCGGGCAUGUCCCUGCCUCACUCCCCCCAAUUCUCACUGGCAGCAGGAUAUACCUGGCUUGGCUGGCAAACUGGAGCAUGCUGCAGGUGUCUGGGCUGGCCAAUGCUGCGGGCUCAUGGCUGCUAUCAUGGAGCUGUGGCACCUGCCGCCCAGGAACAUCCUUCCGCAAGCGCAUCAGCUGCUGCCCCGGUGCGGGAUGUGGCUCUGCCUGCUCUGUCUUGAGAGACUGAAGGUCUACUCUGCUCUCGACCCUGGGGUGCUCAGGGAUGUCCCACCCAGGCCCAUCCCCAGACAGCCAGACCCUGGCAGUGCCAGGCCAGGAACAGCCUUCCCUUACCUCUGGCCAGUGGGUGCAUGACACUCUCGAGGACCAGCAGUGAGUGAUGGAUGCUGGUCCCUCUCACAGUGCCUCUUCCCAGUCCUUGGUGACCUAGACUCACUCCAAGCACACUGGGUCAUUCAGGCUCACCUUGGCCGCAUGCAGAUUCCCAGCAAAGCCAACAGUGGGGUUGGUCCUGCUGCUUCACCUGGAUCUGUGCGGACAGAGAUGGCUGAAGCUACGGCUCCACAUGCCCCUGGGGAUUCUGGUUGGAGCAAGCAGCACCAGUGGGACCAGGGCUCCAUAUUUCCCAUUGAAUGGGUCAGUGGAUCACACUGGAAGAUGGGGCAGGAGUAGGAGAGGAACCUGGCACGCUGUGAGGAUGAGCCAAACACCUGGAGAUGACACAAGGAGCAAAGCCAGGGAAAGGAUCUGGCAGGAAGGGACAGAGUUAUGGAAAAGAAUCAGCAACUCCUGUUUUUAGUGGUGGAGAAUGGUAGAGCUGGUCGGGUUUCCAAGGGCCCUGGAUUACUCCCCUGCAAGCAGCAAUGGGUGAGGCACUAGGUUCAGGCUGAAGUGAUAGCCAGAGCCCCCAUCUGCCCAGGCAGCUGUGAUAGCUCUGCAAAUUCAGGGAAGUACACAUCUGGAAUUGAAAUCCACUGGCCAGCUUGCACCAAGAAACUGGGAAGCACUUUGACACAGUCCUGGGGUGUGUGAUUCCCAGCUCAGUGCUGAGUGGGACAGCCCUGGGAUGUCGAUCUCAGCAGCUUCCUAGCUUCAUUUCCAGCACUGAUUGGACCAAUACCACAGCCAACAGCACUCAUGUGGAGGAUGGCAUGGGAGUGGGAGGAGGUGGUGUUGGCCUUGGUGGCCUUGCUGCCACUGGUUUUUAUUGCCCUUGAACAAUGUCUCCAGGAUCUGCUCUGGUAAUGUGGGCUGGGAGAGAAUGGGCACAGAGAUCAGCAUCCCAGACAUGGCAGCCAGACACCCCAACACAAGCAGCCCCAGGCACUCAGGCUGAGGCAUCUUGCAGCUCUGCAGGCCCUGUGACAACUUGGAGUCACAUCUGCUGCCAGUCAAGAACUGUGCAGGUGGCACCCUGGGAUCUUUAUACCCCUUGUGUCCCCAGGACAGGAGAGAGAGGAAGUGGAGCAGGAGAGGAGGGAAGGGUAGCUUCCUGCAGCAGCCCCUGUGCCAGAGAUCACUCCCAGGCUGGGCUGGGAUGAGGCAAAAAUCAUCACCCUCCCCGCUCCCCUUUAGGGCACUUUUUCUCCAUUUUGGCCUCUUCAAUGCAGCAGAGACAAAAGGAGUUGCCAAGCCAGCACUGCUAUGAUGCGGAGGUCACCCUUGAACCUUCCCCUGCACAAUCUGACAGCCCCAUUCCCACGUCUCUCCCCAUGAGGUGCUUCUGCUACCAGACCUUCUCAUUCCUCUUGUUUGCAUCCAUCUUCUAACCUCCCUUUGAAGCCUCCUCCCCAGCAUGGCCAUCCAAGUUUCAGCCAGGACGGAGUUGCUAAAAUAGUGUUAAUUUUUUUUGCAGUAGCUGAGAGAUGUUGCUGUGGUUAUUUCUAGGAGGUUAUUCAUGCCAUCUUAUUUGCCAGGGGUAAGAGAAAAGGACUGUCUCCCUCGCUUCUGAGAGGAAGGGAUUCUUUCUGUGAGGAGAAAGCAUGGAACAGUUGGUAUGGUCACAGACUUUCUAUGUAGAUUCUUUGUCUUACACUUUUUGUCAUUAAUCUUGUUUCUGUUACUGUUUGUUUUCUUAUUUCAUUGCUGUUUCCAGUAAAUUAUUCUUGUGUCAAACUGUGAUCUUUGCCUUUUGAGCUUCCAGCUGGAGGAGGCAGGGAAGCAAGAGCAAGUGUGGUUUCAGUAUAAGCAUUUGUCAUGGGUUAACACAACUUGGUUUUUAGUUAAAGUGGAAACAGUUCCCUGUCAGGACCUUGGAAUUGUUUCAGAAAAGACAGGGUUCAGAAGCCAAUUCUUACCUACUGGCAUAUGGUUUGACCACUGAGUGUUAGAAAUUAGAUGCUUGACAUGGCCAAUAUAGCAAGCAGCAAUUCAAUUUAAUAAUUAAUUUACAAUUAAAACAAUACAAUUUAAUUAUUAAGUAAAGUGUAAGCAAAGACAGUGCACUGGGUACAGUGGAAGGAUUUUCCCUUCCAACUGCACACCGAUUGCUGGACUUGCUGGUAUUUUAUUGGCUAUAUUCAUACAUAUUCAUAAGCUUUUCUCAGCAGUUUCUAUUUCCAGUUUUUAACAUCAUUAUUCAAUACCUAUUGUGGUCUAUUUUAAAUUACAAUAUUCCAGGAUGUACAUCCAGGAUAUGUAUCCCAGGUGGUGGGGUCCAGCUUCUGUUUUCCAGGUCUAUCAGUCUUUGAUAGUGAUGUUCAGUUUUCCUUUUUCAGGAACCAUAAAUCAGCAAGCUGAAAUCUUUUCUUCCGUAUACAGGAUGGUUUUUUUACCAGUCUGUGAGAAAGCCUUUUUACAUUCUAAAACUACAGUUUAAAAUUCUUUAAUACAAAACAAACUUCAAAAGUUAUAAUUCAAAGACACUUCUUACAUGUGAAAAUACAGUGGGUUAAUUCAUGUUUUUAUGAAUCAUAACAUGUUAAAAUCAUGGUUUGGUAAAAUGUAAUAUAAAGUGUAACCUAAAUUCCAGCCAACCACGGAAUUAAGAAAUUCUGAGGCAGGCACCACCCAGUAACCACCAUUCAGGAGGAAACAAUGAGAUGUCGGGAAGAUGAGAUUGGCAUCAGAAAGGAAGACACAUUAAGAUAAGAAAUCAGUUCUCCUCCCAUGGGCAGCAGAGCCAUCAGAGCAUCAUCAUCACCCCUACCUCCAGAGGAGAACGCCUUUCACAAAUCUCAGUUUUCAUUCACCCAGCUGAGGACUAAAAUUAGCACAUUUCCCUCCCAGAAGAAACUCCUUUCAGCAAACCAACUAGGACAAUGACUUUGAAUAACUAGUCCCGGGAAACAAAGAAACUGUGGGGAAAUCUUAUGCUAGGGGCAAAAUAAAGUGUAUAAAACCUGGACCCCAAAAGGGGCCAAUUUGUGAACUUUUGGGGGGGCUGCAGUGCGCUAGAGGCUGCGUCCCAGUUCACCCUUUGACGAUCCUGGGUUUAUCGUCACCGUAACUCUGCUGGGGCUUUUUACCGAAAUUCUGUAAUUUGAUUUUUAAUAAACCAAAUCCUAUUUUCAGUUGGAAUACUGGAUUGGCAUUUAUAACAUUACAGAAUAGCUUGAGAUUUAUAUUAGGUAAUUGCAAGCACGGUUUGUUCAAAAACCUUCUUCCAUGGUUUCCUCGGUUGUUUAUUAGAACUCAUCUUUAUAACUGUCCCAUGGCUGUGUUCUACAAUUACAUUUAUGCAGAUUCUUUUUAUUUCCCUGACACGAAACACAACUUUGUAUUUCACAUGAGGAAGCUGAAUGCGACUUUUUGGAAUACCCAUAUAAAGCUGAGACUGUGUCCAAGGCAGCCCUUUUUCCUUCUGUCUCUCCAGCAGGUAACACUGAGUCGGGGCCACUCUGUUGGAGUGGCCCAGGCUGGCCAGGACCUGCCGUUCCCCUUCCUGGGGGCUCCACUGGCUCCCGGUUGGGGGAGGGAGAGGCUGCAUCUUAACAUCAGCUAAUUUUAAAGUCUACCCCGGAGCCGGCUGAGCCAGGAGAGAGGUCUGCCAGCCCCCUGGUAAUAGCUAUGGGCCCAGUUGGGAUGAGCCCGCCCCGAUUAUCACUGAAAGGGGCAGGCAGGAGGCAUUUUAUAGCAUUUAUGAUUCCUGACUGCCUGGCCGCUCUGGGUUCUAACCUUUCGGCUCUUCCCCCCAGUGCGGCCUCACCAUGAGCCACAGCAAGAGAGAAGGAGAGAGAGAGAGAAAGACAGACAGACAGAGACAGACAGAGACGGAGACGGAGACAGACAGAGACUCUCAGCAUGAUUUAACUCUUUCCUGACACAGAUUGAAACUUUUUAAAACUCUAAUCCUCCCUUUGAGUGAGAAGAAAAGGGACAGAGUAGAGAAGACACAGCAUGAAGUCAUUGGAGAGAGAGAAUGAAAAGACUUUUUGGGAGGAGGGAUUGAGGAGUUUGCCAUUUUCAGCUGACUUUCUCUUAUCAAGCCAAGGUAAUAGACCCUAUAUGUAGAUUAUCCCUUUAAAUCAUGGGAAAAAUAUGCAUUUGGGGAGAUGAUGGUUUAGAUUUGUGGAUUUUAGCAAAGGUGUCUGUGAUGGACUGAGUAAUACUGAAUUGGAAUUUGUGAUUGUGAUCCCAUGAGAUGCUUGAACAAAGAGAGAUGAGAAGCCCUCUGUGCCAGUGAAGAAGUGAGAAGAUAUCUCUAUUCCCUGGGAUGAAGAAUCUUUUGCCUUUGGAGUUGUUAAUCUUUAAAAAGUGACACUCCAAUAUGCAGUCUACUUGAGUCCAUAAGCAGCUUGGGAAACUGCUAAUGGGAGGAGAGUUCACAGAAACAGGGUUUUUUUCCCAGGUGACUGUUUUUGUGACAGUUCAAAUCCACAAGAGAACUGUUCUAGGUUGUCAGUAGGGGAAAUUCCAUGGUAAACUAAGAGAGACUACUAUCCCUAAAGAACUGAAGAAACAUCAUUUUUAAAUGGUGAAACUGACUGAAAAUCACAAGUUUUGUCUCUUUAUGUUGUUUGGGGGAAAAUGUACACUUGUGGUGGAAGAGUGUUUUAAAAGUUUCAUUUUGAUUUUCUCAUUCUUUUCUUUUAGUGUCUCUGUGUUAAUAAAUCUAUCUUUACACUUUUUAA